AUGACUAACAUUAAUAAUUUCAUUAUCCAUAAUAUUAGCAGUAGUAAUAAUAGUAAUAGUAAUAAUAAUAAGAAUGCUAAUAAUAAAUCAAUUAUACUUGAACAACCAAAUUUAUUAUUAUAUCCAAAACCAACAUCAACACCAUCAACUCCAAUAACAGCUAUUCAUAAUAAAAGACCAUUUAUACAACAAAAUAAUAAAUCUUUUGCAGAAUUAUUACAAGAAAUAUUUUCAACACUUCAAUACAAUCAACUGAAAUUAUUAUGUUCUGAAACACCAAUUUCGCCAUAUGAUUUAUCGGUUUGGGAAUCAAUACUAAUGAAUGAGAAAUUUUUCACUACUAAUACUGGACAAGAUGCUUAUGAUGUUGAAAUAGCAACUGUAACAAACAAUAACUUGAAAACUGGGAAUUUCAAUACAUUAUUACAACAUUCGUUGAAUCAAAUAAGUCAUAUUUUGUCAUCGGAAUUUACAGGUGAUAUUCCUUUUGAAGCUUAUAAUUCUUUAUUUCUUGUGAGAAUAUUUACAAAACAUUUCGCUGGUAACAUGACCUGUAAUGAGAUACAUAAACAAUUUGAAGAAUCUCAACUCGAUAACAAUAGUAAUGAAAAACCAGAUUUUUCAAAAUAUCAGAAACUUGUUAUUGACCCUGAAAUUAUGAAAGAUUCAAGACUUAAAGCUGAACAAUUGAUUGAUGCAUUAUUAAAAGUUAUAACGAAUUUGGAUCCUAUAUCGAAUUUAUCAAGUUAUGAAUAUUAUCAAGAAACUUUAAAUACAUUUCUUGUUUUAUUAUCUACCCAAAUUCAUCAACCUUAUGUAGUAUAUAAUGCAUAUUCAUAUCUAUUCCCUAGUAGAUCAUCAGCAGCUUUACCAACAGAUCCUUCUCCAAUAGCUGAAAGAAGUCUGCUUAUUUUAUUAUUGUUGGCUUCUCAAUCAAGAAUAUUGAAAGAUGGCUCAAUAAAUAAAUUUCGUGAAGCUAUUAAAUCGCUUAAAGAUGUACAAGGGUCAGAAAAUACAAAUACAAUGAACAUAUCGUUUCGAUCUUUAUAUAAAUUGAUAUGUCGGCAAUUACUUCAAAUCUUAAGAUUAUUAUAUGAUGGAAUAGAGGGUCAAACCAAUUAUUCACAAAUGUACAUCUUAUUAACAAUUUUAUUAUUGUUAAGUCAAGAUGAGAUUUUCAAUGAAAAUAUUCAAAAGAUUCCCUGGUUUACUGAACGAUUAAUGAAAUCGAUAUCUUUAGCUGGUUUAACUUAUUUGGAUGUAUAUUUCCACACUAGUAGUUUGGCAAUUUUGGCAAAUAUCGGGAAUAGCAUGAAAGAUAUGCAUCUGUAUGUUGCUCAAAGACUUGCAAAUUUGUUUGAAAUUGUUUCCAAAAAAUAUUUAAAACUUUUAAAUAAACUUAACCAAAAACAACCAAACGAUCAAAUGGAUGUUGUAAUAAAUUAUUUCCAAACAAGAAUUUCUGAAGUUAAUUUAAGAUCGCCAUCAGCUGAAGAAAUUUCUGAGGUGAUUGUAACCUCGGCAAGAACUUGGUCAGCUAGUAGACUUAAAGAAUUCCCAGAAUUGAAAUUUAAAUAUGGAGAAGAGCUUGAAUCACAAGAAUUUUUUUGUCCGUAUGUUUGGUCACUUGUCUAUCAACAUACUUGGAUAUAUUGGGAUGAGGAUAAAGUACACAUAAUAAAUAAUUAUUUUAUGGUUAGUAGUAGCGAUG